GUUGCGCCUGCGCUGUGUGUGGGAGUCGCGGUGGCUGGGCGUAGGGCCUAAACUGCGCGCUCGAGGUCUGAGCCCUUCCUGCGGGCGGUGCACGCAGGCUGUGGAAACGCAGUUCGAGACUGCCCCCCAGAAGAUGCCUGAAAUAAGAGUCACUCCCUUGGGGGCUGGCCAGGAUGUGGGCCGCAGCUGCAUUUUGGUCUCCAUUUCGGGCAAGAAUGUCAUGUUGGACUGUGGGAUGCACAUGGGCUACAAUGAUGACAGGCGCUUUCCAGACUUUUCCUACAUCACCCAGAGUGGCCGGCUGACUGACUUUCUGGACUGUGUAAUCAUCAGCCAUUUCCACCUGGACCACUGUGGGGCACUCCCUUACUUCAGUGAAAUGGUGGGCUACGAUGGGCCUAUCUAUAUGACCCACCCCACUCAGGCCAUCUGCCCCAUCCUGUUGGAAGACUACCGCAAGAUCGCAGUGGACAAGAAGGGCGAGGCAAAUUUCUUCACUUCUCAGAUGAUCAAAGACUGUAUGAAGAAGGUGGUGGCCGUUCACCUGCACCAGACGGUUCAGGUGGAUGAUGAACUGGAAAUUAAGGCAUACUAUGCAGGCCAUGUGCUGGGGGCAGCCAUGUUCCAGAUUAAAGUGGGAUCAGAGUCUGUGGUCUACACGGGUGAUUAUAACAUGACCCCAGACCGGCAUUUAGGGGCUGCAUGGAUUGACAAGUGUCGCCCCAACUUGCUCAUCACAGAAUCCACGUAUGCAACAACCAUCCGAGACUCCAAACGCUGCAGAGAGCGAGAUUUCCUUAAGAAAGUUCAUGAGACUGUGGAGCGUGGUGGGAAGGUGUUGAUCCCUGUGUUUGCACUGGGCCGGGCACAAGAGCUCUGCAUCCUGCUGGAGACCUUCUGGGAGCGCAUGAACCUGAAGGUGCCCAUCUACUUCUCUACGGGCCUGACAGAGAAGGCCAACCACUACUACAAGCUCUUCAUCACCUGGACCAACCAGAAAAUACGUAAGACAUUUGUCCAGAGGAAUAUGUUUGAGUUCAAGCACAUCAAAGCCUUCGACCGGACAUUUGCUGACAACCCAGGUCCCAUGGUUGUGUUUGCCACACCCGGGAUGCUGCAUGCUGGCCAAUCUCUGCAGAUCUUUCGAAAGUGGGCAGGAAACGAGAAGAACAUGGUCAUCAUGCCUGGUUACUGUGUGCAAGGCACUGUGGGCCACAAGAUCCUUAGUGGGCAACGAAAGCUGGAGAUGGAGGGGCGUCAGGUGCUGGAGGUAAAGAUGCAAGUGGAAUACAUGUCAUUCAGUGCCCAUGCUGAUGCCAAGGGCAUCAUGCAACUGGUGGGACAAGCAGAGCCGGAGAGCGUGCUGCUGGUGCAUGGCGAGGCCAAGAAGAUGGAGUUCUUGAGGCAGAAGAUUGAGCAGGAAUUCCGGGUCAGCUGCUACAUGCCAGCCAAUGGUGAGACAGUGACGCUGCCCACAAGCCCCAGCAUCCCUGUGGGCAUCUCCCUGGGGCUGCUGAAGCAGGAGAUGGUGCAGGGACUGCUCCCUGAGGCUAAAAAGUCUCGGCUCUUGCAUGGCACACUAAUUAUGAAAGACAGUAGUUUCCGGCUGGUAUCCUCAGAGCAAGCCCUCAAGGAGUUAGGCCUGGCUGAGCACCAGCUGCGCUUCACCUGUCGUGUGCACCUGCAGGACACACGCAAGGAGCAAGAAACAGCCCUACGUGUGUACAGCCACCUUAAGAGCACCCUCAAAGACCACUGUGUACAGCACCUCCCUGAUGGCUCUGUGACUGUGGAGUCCAUUCUUAUCCAGGCUGCUGCCCACUCAGAGGACCCUGGUACUAAGGUACUCCUGGUCUCCUGGACCUACCAGGAUGAAGAGCUGGGAAGCUUUCUCACAGCACUGCUCAAAAAUGGCCUCCCCCAGGCACCCAGCUGACAUGUAACCACCAGCAACCUACCACUCUGUCUCUUGCUAUUUGCCCAGCAGAAGGACCAGGGAUUUGGCUUUGGGAGGUAGAUGCCCUGAGUAAAUGGAAACCAUAAUUGGGCCACAGACUCUGUCCUAGGGACAAGACCAGAGUCACAGGCUGGCUAAAGUAAUAAACAAGCCUUUUUGUUCA